AUGUCCGAGCGGGAACUUGAAGAGGCACUCCGCGAUGCAGCUGCUGAAGGAGAUGAAGAGAAGGUGACGGAGCUGCUCCGACAGGGAGUGGAUGUCAACUGUCAGCACUGGUUGUUUGGAGACUCACCGCUUCACAAUGCAACUUUACGAGGACAUGUUGGUAUUGUUGAACUCCUCCUGAAGGCUGGAGCACAGGUGGACAGUAGGGAUCUGCACGGCGAGACUCCUGAGGACAUAGCGGCAAGUACAGAUGUUCCAGACUGGUACGAUGAUAAAGAUCGCGUCCUGGAGGGAAGGAAGAAGGUUCUCGAGCUUUUUGCAGCAGAAAAGGCCGGUCGCCUUUACAGGUGCAAAGUGGGUCCAAAAGGAGGUGCCCUGAAAACACCAUUUUGCACCGUCUCUGUACUGGGUGGGGCCGUUACCAUGGAAACAGAAAUCACGUGUCAGGUCAUCAACCCUAAUGACGUCACCCUUCCCCUGAAGGACGGACAGAUGUUAGUGAGUGACGUCAUAGAGCUGGGCCCGCACGGGACAACCUUCCGCAAACCUGUCACUGUGCAGAUGCAGUACAGCAGCAAGUCGUUAGAUGGCGCUACGGAAGCUGCCGUGUGGGUCACUGAGGACAGGUCACAAUGGACGGAACUUAAGACCACUAAAGAAACCAGAGACAAGCUUGCCGUAUCAGUGAAGCAUUUCUCCAUCUUUGCCGUCAUCAGUCAACCCAAACAGGACAAGUUUACUGUGCCUACAGAAGGGCACACUCUGACGUCAUCAACGCAGCCUGCGGUACAAAUCAGCUUCCCGGAACAGGCUGUGACCACAGAAACCCAGGUUACAAUUCAGGUACAAGAGGUUCCAACAAGAGCAAUUGAGGACAUCAAGGCAAAGGACGAGUCUUUCGUCAACCUUGUUGGCACCAGCCCGAUAGUCAAUGUCGAGACUGUGUCGACCUCCGAAGUCCAGUUCCACAAACCGGUCACAGUGCGAGUCCCACAUCCUCAACACUACAUGGACAUCCAACAUGAGGGGCCCACCAAACUGAGGGUGAUGUCAUGUGAGGAGGGAACAGAAGACUGGGUAGAUGUGACGGACAACAUCAGUAUGAGCAGGGUUACACAUGAGUUUGUGGAGUUCGAAGUCAGUCAUUUUACCAGAUGGAUUGUAAUCGUUGUCACAGACAUCUUCGGUGACACAGAGGAGCUCGGACCGAUCCGUUUGAAGACUCUUUGCCGAUGGCUUCAACACCGUCCUGUUCAGUUCAUACUGAUGCAACGAGAUGAUAACACAAACGAAUUUGUGGUAGAAUGUACUCCAGCCGAAGAUGCAGAAGGGAAGCACUCAGCACUACUCCAAAAGGGGUACAAGGGUCCGUUGCCUACCAAGUCAGCAAUUGAUCUAUUCGAAGGACAGGUAGUAGAAAUAGCAUUGGUUGGAAACGUGUCAAUCGCAACCUUUGGUUUAGGAAGCAGCACAAAGCAACACAUCACCUUCCACAGCCAAAGAGGCAGCCGCCAUCAGAUGCAGAUCAUGGCUUUGAAGGCGACAGACCAACACGGUCUGGAUGGUAAAGGAAGUGCUGCUUUCUUUGCACUACCACGCGUCGAAGUCGUAAAACAAAAAAGGACAGCUUACCUGCGGAAGAGACAUGAAAAACUCGCGCAUCCACCCGGCAGAAAGCUUCAGGAGCCAACAUUUCUGUGCCAGCUCCCAGUCCAUGUGCCAAUUGGGACUACAGAUCAGGUAUCAGCAGACGCUGAAGAUAGCAAGAGUUUGGAACGCGUUGGGAAGUACUUCUAUUUCAUCAAGGAAGCAGUGAGCACAGACUGGAGGGAUUUGGCCUUCCAUCUUGGGUUCAAAUGGGCCGACAUCGAAAACAUUGCCUCGAAAGACGGAAACCACGACGACAAGUCCCGCUGCAUGGACAUGCUGCAGGAAUGGAAGAAGAAGAAGGGAGACGCCGCUACCAUAGAGGUCCUGAUGGAGGCUCUGUCAAAGGCAGGGCUGCAGAGCGUCGUGGAUGGUUUGAAGAAAUAUUCACUAGAAGUUGGAAACUAUGGGAAGACUCCACCGGCAAGAGGAGAAGACGCAAGCUGCCCUCCGUAA